AGUGAAGGAACCAUCACACUCAGCAGAAGCUGCUGUUUGUAGUUUCUAUCUAAUCGCUCCUCUACUCCUUGAGUUCCACAGACACUGCUCAAACCCUCCUCCUCUACCACCUCCUCUACCUCCUCUUCCAGGUGAAUAUGGGUCAUGGUCGAAUCACCCCGAUGGGAGCUUUGCUCCUACUGGUGCUCCCUCUUACGGUCUCCGUCGACCCGGAAACAUGCAGAACAACAGGAAUGCCAGGAAUUCCAGGUGUCCCUGGAUUACCUGGAAGGGAUGGUCGUAAUGGUUUGAAAGGUGAUACAGGAGAGCCUGGACCUACCACGGGGCCCAGGGGCCAGCUGACGGUCCCAGGUGAGGUGGGGGGACCGGGACCCACAGGUAAACGAGGACCAGGAGGAGAUCCAGGACUGAGGGGGCCGCCGGGAUUACCAGGACCCCCUGGUGAAGUUGGAGAGAACGAUAGCAGUGGUCCUGUAGACACUGAGGGUCGCUCUGCCUUCUCCGCGACCAGAGCCGUGUCCCGCGAGCCCCCCCGCUCCGCCCCCAUUAUCUUCAGCACCGUCAUCACCAACUACAACAACGACUUCGACGCAGACACGGGCCGCUUCAGGUGCAGUAUUCCAGGUACGUACUACUUUGUGUACCAUGCGUCGGCCACUGCGAAGCUGUGUCUCCAGCUGAUGCUGGACGGAGAGAAGCUGGCUUCCUGGUGUGAUAUACAAACCAGGGACACCCCCAGACAGGUCAGUUCUGGCGGUCUGGCGGUGUACCUGAAGGGUGGCCAGGAGGUGUGGUUGGAGACCGGCAACUUCGGGGCCAUGACCUCCGUACCGGGCGGCGUCAGCAUCUUCUCUGGCUUCCUCAUGCACCGCCACCAAUAACCUCCCCCUCUCUCCCUCUCUUCCUGCUCCACCUCAUCCUCACUUCCUCCUCUUCCUCCUCCGCCACCUCCUCCAUCUCACAUGCUCCUCCCCCAACUCCUCACCCUCUUCUUCGUCCUCCGCCACCUCAUCGUCACUACCUCCUCUUCACCUCAUCCUCCUCCUCCUCCUCAUCUCCUCUUCCUCAACUUCACCUCCUCCAUCUCACAUGCUCCUCCCCCAACUCCUCACCCUCUUCUUCCUCCUCCGCCACCUCAUCGUCACCACCUCCCCCUCACCUCAUCCUCCUCCUCAUCUCCUCUUCCUCAACUUCACCUCCUCCAUCUCACAUGCUCCUCCCCCAACUCCUCACCCUCUUCUUCCUCACCUUUUCCUCACCUUCUCCUCAAUACUCCUCUGUGUUUUAAACUAAGUUGAGCAACCCAUUUUCUUCUCCUCAUUCUCACGCCUUCAAUUGUUGUUUGAUUGUUGUCAGCCUCAUUUGUAAAUCGUUUGAAUAAAAGCUUGCUCUAAGGACCACAUGUAGAUGUGGAUUCCAACAUGGCGCCCGGUUCUUACGUGUUGAGGUGUCUGUUCUGUUCGCCGGGAGAUCAGGUCCUUGUUCCAACUUUAUUAAACUAACUCUCAGAACAUGCCUUUCGUCUCGUCUGUUCAGGCACAGCUGGUGUUGUGACACAAAAUGUAUUAAUUAGUGUAAUAAUAUAAUUAUUAUAAGGGACUGACAACGUUAUUGAAAGGAUCCCUACAGAGGAAUAAAACAUUUAUCUUGAUCAGGUCUGGUGACUGUGUCAAACAAAGCCACUCAGGAAGAGUCUGGUACUGAAAUCUUGUGGAACGGAAAUUUGUGCCGAUGCAACAUUUGACAUGCAGUUACAAAAGCCUCAGUGUUCUCACUGGCCUUGUCUGACCCUUUGAAGGGUCACUUAAGGCAAAGAAGCCCAAACC